AUGGAUGAGGGGUUCAGGGACCGCACGGCCUUCAUCCGGGGGGCGAAGGACAUUGCCAAGGAGGUGAAGAAGCAUGCCACUAAGAAGGUGGGCAAGGGCGUGGACCGCGUGCAGGACGAAUACACCAAGCGCUCCUACUCCCGUUUCGAGGAGGACGACGAUGAGGAGGAUUACCAGCCCCAGGACGGCUACUACCGCGGCGAGUCGGCCAACGAUGAGGAAGGGGCCUCCAGCGACGCCACCGAAGGGCACGACGAGGACGACGAGAUCUACGAGGGCGAGUACCAGGGCAUCCCCCGCAAUGACUCCCUGAAGGCCGGGGACCAGCUGGCCGACAACCAGCAGGUGGUGAGCGAGUUCAGAGACUUCGAGGACCUGGAAGGGGACAAGAAGAAGGACAAGGAGGAGCUGGCCCAGCAGUACGAGCUCAUCCUGCAGGAGUGCGGCCACGGGCGCUUCCAGUGGACGCUCUACUUUGUGCUGGGGCUGGCCCUCAUGGCCGAUGGCGUGGAGGUCUUCGUGGUGGGCUUUGUCCUCCCCAGCGCCGAGAAGGACAUGUGCUUGUCAGACUCCAACAAAGGCAUGCUGGGCCUCAUCGUCUACCUGGGCAUGAUGGUGGGAGCGUUCCUGUGGGGCGGCCUGGCGGAUCGGAUUGGCCGGAAGCAGUGCCUCCUUAUCUCCCUCUCGGUCAACAGUGUCUUCGCCUUCUUCUCCUCUUUCGUGCAAGGUUACGGCACCUUCCUCUUCUGCAGGCUGCUCUCCGGAGUGGGCAUCGGGGGCUCAAUCCCCAUUGUCUUCUCCUACUUCUCGGAGUUCCUAGCUCAGGAGAAGCGGGGUGAGCACCUGAGCUGGCUCUGCAUGUUCUGGAUGAUCGGGGGCAUCUACGCAUCAGCCAUGGCUUGGGCCAUCAUCCCUCACUACGGCUGGAGUUUCCAGAUGGGCUCCGCGUACCAGUUCCACAGCUGGAGGGUCUUUGUCCUGGUCUGCGCCUUCCCCUCCGUCUUUGCCAUCGGCGCUCUCACCACCAUGCCCGAGAGCCCACGCUUCUUCCUGGAGAACGGGAAGCACGACGAGGCCUGGAUGGUGCUGAAGCAGGUUCAUGACACCAACAUGCGAGCCAAGGGCCACCCCGAGAGGGUGUUUUCGGUCACCCACAUCAAAACCAUCAAGCAGGAGGACGAGCUGAUUGAGAUCCAGCUGGACACCGGUACCUGGUACCGGCGCUGGAUGGUUCGGAUCCUGAACCUCUUGCAUCAGGUCUGGAGCAACUUCCUGCAGUGCUUUGCCCCCGAGUACCGGCGCGUCACGCUCAUGAUGAUGGCUGUGUGGUUCACCAUGUCCUUCAGUUACUACGGCUUGACCGUCUGGUUCCCAGACAUGAUCAAGCAUUUACAGAACAUCGAAUAUGCCUCCCGCACCAAGCUCUUCACCCGCGAGAAGGUGGAGCACUUCACCUUCAACUUCACCCUGGAGAACCAGAUCCACCGCAACGGUGAAUACUACAACGACAAGUUCAUCGGCCUCAAGUUGAAAUCCGUCUCCUUUGAGGACUCCCUGUUUGAGGACUGCUACUUCGAAGACAUCACCUCCAGCAACACCUUCUUCAAGAACUGCUCCUUCUUCUCCACUGUCUUCUACAACACAGACCUGUUCGAGUACAAAUUCAUCAACUCCAAAAUGGCCAACAGCAGUUUCCUGCACAACAAAGAGGGCUGCCAGCUGGACUUCAGCGAUGAGAACAACGCCUACAUGAUCUACUUCGUCAGCUUCCUGGGCACCCUGGCCGUGCUGCCGGGGAACAUUGUCUCGGCCCUGCUCAUGGACAAGAUCGGGCGCCUCCGGAUGCUGGCCGGCUCCAGCGUGAUGUCGUGCGUCAGCUGCUUCUUCCUGUCGUUCGGGAACAGCGAGUCAGCCAUGAUCGCCCUGCUCUGCCUUUUCGGGGGGGUCAGCAUCGCCUCCUGGAACGCCUUGGACGUGCUGACGGUGGAGCUUUACCCCUCGGACAAAAGGACGACAGCCUUCGGCUUCCUCAACGCCCUCUGCAAGCUGGCGGCCGUCCUGGGCAUCAGCAUCUUCACCUCCUUCGUCGGCGUCACGAAAGCCGUGCCCAUCUUGCUGGCCUCGACAGCGCUGGCUGUGGGCAGCUCGCUAGCGUUGAGGCUGCCGGAGACGCGUGGGCAGGUGUUGCAGUGA